AUGGAGAUGGACGAGAUAGAACUGUGCUUUCCCCAUCUCCACAACAGCUCCUGUAGGAAGACUAAGAUCGACCCAACUGAUGAUCAGAUUACAGACGUGUUGCUCGGUUUUGCGUCAAUGCUCACUUGUGUACUCAAUCUUUUGGCUGUUAUUGCCAUUUCACAUUUCAGAAAGCUUCACACCUCCACUAACCUAAUGCUUCUAUCUUUGGCUGUGUCCGAUUUCCUUGUUGGUCUCAUGGUCAUACCAGUCGAUAGCAUUAAAUGGAAAAUUUGCUGGACUUUGGGUGACCUGAUGUGUGUGAUUUAUUACAUACUUUCCUAUACACUAUAUAUGUCUUCAGUCGGAAAUAUUAUCCUUAUUUCCGUGGAUCGCUAUGUGGCCAUCUGUCAGCCUCUCCACUACCAAAGCAGAAUGACUGGAAAAGUAGUCAAGAUCAGCAUAUGCAUGUGCUGGAUGUACUCAAUUGGGUACUCAGUUUUAUUUCUUUCUGAGAAUUUAAUGUAUCCCGGCAAAUAUAAAUCUUGUGAAGGAGAAUGUGUGGUUUCUUAUUCCAAAGAAGCAGAUUUAAUAAUCAGCUGCAUCAUACCAUUUGGAAUUAUUUUUGUCCUUUACACUAUAGUUGCAAUAGUAGCUGUUUCUCAGGCCCGAGCUAUGCUUUCUCAUGUUACAGCUGUCACUUCCAAAACAAGCAAAAGAUCAGAGAUUAAAGCCGUACGAAACCUGGGGAUCAUUGUGGUCGUGUAUGUCGCUUGUUACUGCCCAUACCUUAUUGCUGUGUAUUCUGAAGCCUACAUCACAAUACUAGGUACUCCUUUAAUUGUCAUUGCAAUAUCAAUCGUUUUUCUAAACUCAUGUGUGAAUCCUCUAAUGUACACAUUUUUGUUUCCCUGGUUUAGAAAAGCCAUUAAACUCAUAGUCACACUUCAGAUACUGAAACCUGGUUCAUCUGAUGUAAAUAUUUUUUAGCU